UAGGCGAACCUCUUAGGUUGGAAGGGAAAGUCAACUUAAUAAUUUCGUACACGGAAGUAAAAUUGGACGACGACCAGAACCUUCAAGAUUCCAUCAUGUUCGUGGUGGUGCAGGACUUCAGACCAAUCGCAAGUGAUGAGAUUCCAUUACAUAAAGGUGAAUUCGUGGACAUUUUGAUUGUGGGAAAAUCUCCAGGAAGGUGGAAGGUCCGAAAUCAAGACGGCAACGUCGGCUGGGUCCUGUCCAAGUGCCUCUCAUCGCGAGAGGUUUUGACAGAAUACUCGUGGUUCUAUGGGACAAUGACAAGAGUUGAGGCUGACCGCUUGCUCUCAGAGCACUUUCGGAUCAAUGGGGCGUUUUUUGUUUGGGAACGUGAACCAUUGGCUGGUGAAAGGUACCUCAGUCUAGGUCACAACAAUGAGAACUACCAUCAUGAGAUACAAUCAAACAAAGACGGGCUCGUGUUUGUGAGGCCCAAGGAUCUAUUCACGAGCAUUGAUGAAUUGAUCCAACAUUAUAGACGUCAAGCGGCUGGCCUUCCCACACGACUCAGGUAUCUACCCCAAAAACGGAACAGAACAUCCCAGUUCAAGGGGCAGUCAGACAAAUGCGAAAUACUCCAAGAUGAUUUUGCGAUGACGCGUAAACUCGGCGAUGGUCAUUUUGGAGAAGUCUACGAGGCCGUGUGGAAGCGUCACAACUUGACAAUUGCGGUGAAAAUGUUGAAGGGAAUUAUGGUGGAAUGGUCUCAUUUCGACAUGAUGUGCAUGGAGCACUUACAACAUCCCAAUCUGGUACAACUACUUGGGGUAUGCUCUGAAGGAUCGCACAUCUCCAUCAUCACUGAAUUCCUGUACAAAGGCAAUUUAUUGAGUUACCUCAAAAACCACACACCAGUCAAGGAGGAUUUAACUGUCAUGACUUUUAUGGCGUUGCAAAUUGCGAGUGCCAUGGCUUACCUUGAGAGCCGCCCGUUUGGUGUCGUUCAUGGGUGAGUGCAACAUUGGAUGUACAAACUGAAGCUUUCUAAAUAGUUGAAUUCAUGGGUCCAAGCUAGCUAGAACUGUGCAUCGGAUGCAAAU